GGUCCGCGCCUGGUUCGGGACGCAACGCUGUGGGAACAGGCCAAAGAGCUCCGAACCUUUAACAACACGCACAAAACUCAAGAAGUUCUUGAUCCUAUUUCGGGAUGACUAACAUUGUCGAGCAAAUAGACCAGCAGCUUGCUGACCUGCUGGCAGGAUGGAACAUGUACUCGACCAUCAUCGCUGUGAGCAUCUUCGGCUACCUCACCUACACCGUUGUAAACGCCGAGGAACCGGAUACGCACCCGAUGCUGCUGCAGCGACAGGCUACUGCCAGUAUGGUGCGGAAACCAGGUGAAUCGGCCAUAUACCGGUCAUCAGAUACUCCGCACGGCUUCCCACUUCGAAGUGGACUUAAUGUGAAAGAGCCGGGUGCUCCUGCUUACGCGGGCGGCAAGGACGGAGAUCUGAGGGAUAUUUGGAGGAGAGUUACAGGCGAGAUACCACUAGAGAGACCGCGCGGAAGCAGCUCUGUGUCCUUGUCUGAGGAGGCCCAGGGCAAAAUCUUCACAGUCUUUGGAAAGGAAGAGGUCACAGAACAUAGCAUCCCGGACAUCACGAAAGAGCUCACCAUCAUCGGUAGCUGCAUCAAGAAACAAGGUGCUACUCGGGUGGCAAUCUAUAUGCCAAACUCAGUAGAAUUCCUAGCUGCGCUGUUCGCGUGCUCCUUCUUUGGCCUCUCCCCAGUCCUCAUUCCCUUCAACCAGUCGCACUCAAAGGUGAUCGAGCAAUUGGCCGAAACGAAAGCAGAUGCUCUCGUCGCACAAGCUGGCUCCCUACCACUGGAAGAAGUCUCCAAAGCGUACAAGUCAUUAAAGCAGGUUAUCUGGGUCGUAGAGAAGACGAGCCGACAUAUGGAUUGGACCGAAGUCCCUAAGGAUGUCGGCGAUCAGAUGGAUGUUAGCAUGUGGCAUCAGCUCGUACGGGACCACCAAGACAUCACGAGCUCGGCUAUUCCGGAUAUUAAAAGUGCCGACCUGCCAAAUAUUGUUACAAUCUGGCUCGACAAACCGGGCUCUGCCGCUCAGGUUGUUGAGUUUACACAUAAGAACCUCGUUGCGGGUAUAGGCGCCCUACUUGUCUCAGUUCCACUCCGACAACGCCUAAGUCCCUCAGAUCUCUUCCUGUCAGCAGACGCUUGGACCAGUACGUACCCGCUAUGCUGGACUCUUGGUGCACUUUUCUCCCAUUGCUCUGUUGCCAUCACUUCAGUUGCGGGGCCGGGUGUCUCGCUUGCUCUCACAACGCGUUGCAUCGCUCCCACAGUCAUUGUUGCUAGCGCUGAAAGUGCGGAACGUCUGCACGCGGAAAACAAGGCCAGCGCUUCGGGUGGCCUCAAAGGACUGGCGCAUAGCGCACAAUUGAGUGCGUUGGAUGCCGGGCGAAUGCCUUCUGAUUCGUUGUUCUCAAGAAUAAAUUCACCACAUCGUGUAUCUCUUGGGACUACUCCAGGCAAGCUUCGUUUGCUAUUCAUCUCAGAAAGAGCUGGUGCAGAAACGCCUCCUUUAAGCUCACAGGAUCUGAGUGAUUUACGAAUCUUUACCAAUGCGCGGGUUGUUUAUGCUCUUACUGCUGCCAGGGUGGCUGGAGCCGUCGCGCAAACCAGCGUAUAUGAUUACAGAAGAGAAACAGGUUCAAGGAAUAAACACAGCCAUUUUGGUGCGCCACUAAGUUCUGUGGAGCUCAAAGUGGUUGAUUCAGGAGUGCACAAGACUACUGAUGAAGGCGCGAAGGGUGAGAUUGUAGUCGCUGGACCAUCCGUUGCAGGCGGUGAAGCUCGACUCGGUGUCGUAGGCAAGUUCAACGAUGACUGCACAAUAGCGUAUAUAUAGGAGUUCAUGCGUCUAUGUGAAUGGACUAGCAAAUAACUUGGCAUUUGCGCAUUCUCCCCUUGUUUCGCUUACUGUAAUCUAUUACAGAAGUCGAGCCGCAGAUCUUCCCGAAAUGCCUGCCUUGCGCCGUUCGUGAUAACGGCUCUGCACUAGUCCUGAUGUAGGAUGGUUGUCCCCGAAACCCAUGCAUCCAUCUCAUGACAACCUCGCCUGCCGAGCCAGUGCCAAUGCAAACGGCUUCCAGAACGCUGUUGAACAAGACCGGCUAUCUGUCCUGACGUCUAUUUCCACAAGCAAGUGUGCAAGGCCCACUUGGAUUGGUUCGACCGCCACCCUUUACUUAUCAGCACUCGAAGAAGACUGGAUUCGCUUGAGCAGGCUUAGGCUUGUACUUUCACGCAUAAUGUAUGGUAACUCCCUCGUCAAGCGAUACGCAUAGAUGUAUUAAAGCCGGCGAGUUCAAGCUAGCUCGCGGGCAUUCUACUUGCUCCUUAGACGAUAAUCACAUCCUAAAGCAGAGGCUGUGGGAAAUAAAUUUUUUGGGGUUUCUCCUACUUUUUCCGUUUGCA